AAAAAGGGCGUGUGGCGUGUCCACUCCUUUGCCAUUCUUUCUGUCGUUCUGGUUGUUUCUCUUCUACUCAUAUCUUAUUGCCACUUCACUUGGUAACAACAAACUUGAAUACCAAAAAAAAAAUGGCAACAAUGCUGAAUACAUUUGCAGCAUUGCCAUUGAGAAGUCUUUCCACUUGUCAAUCUCCUUAUCCUUUAUUAUUAUUUUCAACAACCACCAUUACGCCUAAUUCUCUGUCCAAAUUAUCAAUCGAGUGUAUGUCUCAGGCUUCUUUGUCAACUAACAGUAGCAAAAGAAGAAGAAGAAUUAUCUGCUUUGGUGUUGGCAAGAAUAACAACCAAGACAUUAUAGAUUUCAAUCAUGAAUCUGAUGAACUGGAUUUGGAGACUGAAACUAUGCUUUAUUCCUUCAAUCCUCUGUCAUUCAUGUUAUUGGCUGCCCUUCCUGGAGCUGAAACAGUGAAGUCAGUGUUUGCACCAUUUGUAGAAAUAGUAAAGUCAUUCGACCUUCCAGAUUGGCUUGUUCAUUGGGGUCAUCCUGGCAACAUGGCAGUGGUGCUGUUGGCCAUGGGUGGAUAUGGUACUUAUUUGGGUUUUCGCAUACGAUUCUCAGAUGAUUUGGAAGAGAAGGCUAAAGCCAAAGACUUGCACCCAAAACUGUUAGCAGGAAUGUUUAUCUUCUUCGGUCUUGGUGCUACUGGUGGCGUCACAUCUUUGCUCACCUCAGAUAGACCCAUCUUCGACAGUCCUCAUGCUGUUACUGGUUUAAUUGGCCUAGCUCUUUUGACAAUACAAACUACCUUACCAACAUUAUUUGAGGGAAAUCCUGGUCUGAGGAAUGUUCAUGGUAUCUUAGGCAGUGGGAUCAUGACACUAUUUGUUGUCCAUGCCGCGUUAGGACUUCAACUCGGCUUCAGCUACUAAACCAAAAUACAGAUUACAGGAGAUAUGAUGGUCAUGUCACAUUUCACCAAUAAUAUAAUGCUAGCUUUUGAGUUUUUGAGUAACAACAGGAAGCGUUAAGUUUAUAUAGAUAUAUCAAGUACGCUGUACGUAGUAGAUGUUAUUUUACCACCAAUGUUGAUAUGAUAUAAACAUCAAACAACCAUGGAUAUUUACUACUAGGGGCUGUCUAAUAUUAUAUACAGUACAAUUACAUCCGUAAUUUAUCAGUCAACUACGCAUGCCCUCCUUCCCCCUC